UAUAGCCAUGGAUGUUGUGAUUUCUAUCGCUGGAAAAAUUGGAGAACUCUUGAUUGAGCCAAUCGGUAGACAAUUUGGCUAUUUUAUUCGCUACAGCAGUAACAUUGAGACUCUUCAGAAGCAAGUUCAAAUACUUGAAGGAGUGAGGAAAGACGUACAGGCAUCUAUUGAUGCAGCAGAAAGGAAUUGUGAGGUCAUCAGAAAUGAGGUUCAGAAUUGGACAUCAGAGGUUGAUGAGAUCCUGUUGGAGGCUAAGAAACUUCAUGAUGAGGCUUCCAAAGCAAGGUUUCAUAAUUUGGCUUCACGUUAUCAGCUAAGCAGGAAAGCUCAAAAGAUAACAAUUGCAAUUAAAGAUUUGAAAAAUGAUAGCAAGUUUGAUAGAGUUUCCAAUCCCGCACCUCCACCAAUGAUAGAGUUUCCAUCUCAAGAUGUUGUGAUUUUCGAAAGCACAGAAUUGGUUAUAGAGGAGAUUAUGGGGGCUUUGAAGGACAACAAAACCAAUUUCAUUGGGAUACACGGAAUGGGAGGGGUGGGUAAAACCACUCUGGUGAAAGAAGUUAUUAAAAGGGCUCAAGAGGGAAGGCUUUUUGCUACUAUUGCAAUGGUUGUGGUUUCACAAACCGUUGAUGUGAAAAAGAUUCAAGACCAGAUAGCAGAGAGGUUGGGUUUGAAAUUGAAAGAGAUAAGUAAUGAACAAGAUCGAGUAAGCCUGUUGCAUGCCAGACUGAAGAACGAGAAUAAAGUCCUCAUUAUCUUGGAUGAUUUGUGGGCUAGACUUGACCUUGCAACUGUGGGCAUUCCAUUUGGCCAUGAUUAUGCAAGCUGCAAAAUUAUGGUCACAACACGUCGUAGACAAGUAUGCGAUGCUAUGGUCGACAAAAGAAGCGUGACUGCAAAGAUAAUCCCUAUUAAUAUUUUAUCGGAGAAAGAAUCAUGGGUAUUGCUUAAAAAGAAUGUUGGCGAUGAUAUCGAGUCUCCAACGUUGAAUUCUUUGGCAAAAGAGAUUAUCAGAGAAUGUGGAGGCCUGCCUAUAACUCUUGUUACGGUGGGAAGGGCAAUGAGAGGCAAAGAUCCUGACGAAUGGCGAGUAGCAGUUGAGAAGCUCAAGAAAUCACAGCCACAAUUCAUUGAAGGGAUGCAUAAAGAUGUGUACAGAUGCCUCCAGUUAAGCUAUGAUUACCUUCAAAAUGAGGAAGCCAAGAAAGUUUUGAAGUUGUGCAGUUUAUUUCCUGAGGAUUUUAACAUUCCAGUAGAAGACCUGGUAAGAUAUGGAGUUGGACUGAAGAUAUUCGAAGAUGUUGUGAGAAUGGAGGAUGCAAGACGAAAUGCUAUUUCUAUCAUAAAAAACCUGAAAGCUUCCUGUUUGUUAUUGGAAAGUGAUAAAGAAGGCUGCGUCAAAAUGCAUGAUGUUGUGCGUGAUGUUGCUUUAUCAAUGGCAUCAGAUUAUUUUGUGAGAGACGGUUUCAAGCAGUUGGAGUGUUGGCCAAGUGCAGAAGAUAUGAAGAUUUUCACUGGCAUCUCAAUAACUCAAAAUGAGAUUUCUCAAUUUCCUGAUGCUUGGGAUUGCCCAAAUCUCAAGAUAUUGUUGAUGCGAGACAUUUAUGAUCACAUUGAGCCGUCGAGUAUGCCAAAUGCAGUCUUGUUAGGGAUGAAAGCCCUUGAAGUUUUUCAUCUGGGAGGCCUUCGGCGUGGUAGUUCUUUCAAUGGGCACUUGAAACAAGAAUUUGGUCAAUUAACCAAUCUCCGGACACUGAUUCUUCAGGAUUAUCUGAUUGGCGACGCUACAGCAAUUGGGGAACUGAAGAUGCUUGAAAUUCUUGACUUCAAAAGGUGUCAGUUCCGGGAGCCAUUCAGUACAAUAACGAAGUUGACUAAGCUAAAGUUGCUGGAUGUGGAAUAUUGUUCUCAUUCUAGGCGCAUCUCUUCCAUAUUUCCAACCAAUGCUAUAUCUAGUUCAUCCCAGUUAGAGGAAUUGUACAAGCUUGCUUUUGAUUUUUCGAGUGCCUUCUCAGCUAUGUACAUGAGUGCGAGAUUGCUAUUUGAUGACUUCGACAUAACUGAGUUGAAAUCCUUGUCUCGCUUGACUACCCUUACAAUUACCAUUCGAACUAUUCCUGAAGGCUUCAUAUUCCCAAAUUUGAAGUUUUUCAAAAUUCAUUUGGCAAGAUGGAUACCCUACGGAGCAAUAGGAUACAUGAAAGGAAUGAUUUUGUCUCACGAGUCCAACUAUCUGGUUCUUUCUGAUGCCACAAUUUCCUCGCUAGGUUGCUUCAAGCCGUUACUGCCAAGAACAAAUUAUCUAUAUUUAGUAUAUUUUGAGGAUUUAAGGAAUAUCAUUCCAUGCUUAUUAUUUUCAAACGGAGAUGGUUUAGCUGGUUUGAGGAGCAUGAAAAUUGACAGUUGUGCUAAUUUCGAGUACCUGAUCAAUGUUGAAGAAUGGCAGAUAAGGUACGCUUAUUUGUUGGAACUGGAAGAACUAUAUCUCGAGCAACUGAAAACCUUCAAAGCAUUAUGCAACACUGAACUACCUCCUGAAAUUUCCUUGUCCAUGAGUAAGCUCAAACGCUUGUACUUUUCUAGCUGUGGGGAAUUGUCGAAUGUUUUCGCUCCAUUCAAUCCACAGCAACAAUUUAAGCAACUUGAAGCUCUUGAAGUUUAUCAUUGCAAUGCAUUGGAGUGUAUAUUUGAAAAAAAAGGAACGCCUCUUUCUAUAAGAGAACUUCAUCUGAAAUCUUUGGAAGGAAUGAAGCAUAUAUGGGAGAGCCCUAGUGAGUUGUUGCACCUGCACAAUCUACAAAUUGUAAAGAUAGAAUCGUGCAAGAAAUUGAGAGUUAUCUUUCCUGCUUCUAUUGCUCAAGGACUUGAGCGGCUGAAAGAACUGGAUUUGUGUGAUUGUGAUGAAUUAGAAGCAAUUGUUGCAGAAAGGCGAGAAGGGGAGGAGACGAUUGACAAUGUGGUGUUCUAUCAAUUAAUAAAGCUUUCACUACGCACACUUCUCAAUCUUAAGGCUUUUUGUAUGGAUAACUUACCUUUCAAAUGGCCAUCCUUGGAAAUGGUAGAGGUGAGCAAUUGCCCUAAAAUGAAGACAUUUGCUGCUUCUGAUGGAAACCAGAGCACACCAAAGUUGAAGGUGGUCAAAGUAAACAACAGUGACAUACUGCUCGAUGGAACAGACUUUAACACAGUCAUACAAAAUCACUACAAAGAAGAGGGAGUUGCAGGUCCAAGCAACUAACAACUGAAGAUGUGAUUAAGGUUUGUUGGCAAGGCAAAUAAAACAGAGGUGCAAGAUUCUUCGUUGAUCCUUGUGAUAUAUCACUGCAGCAAGCAGAGGGCAAUAUUGAGUGUUUUUUAUUCAUGAUAUGUUCAAUGUUAGGCGUUAAAUAAAGGUGAUGGUUGCCUAUUUAUUAUCAUUAUUAUAAUAAAUUCAGCCUAUGGACGGGCUGAUAAUUGUGGGUUUUUUUUGUAUCUUUUAAUUAUUUGUGGGGUUCAAAUGUUAAUUAUAAGACUACAAUAAGAAAAUCUUCAA